GUGUCUCCCACCGCCUUCAACGCGCUCUUUAUUGUCUCUCCUCUGAACAAAGCUCAACACAAGCUCUCUCUCCCUCUCUCUCUCCCCCCUCCGCAAAACCCUGUAAAGAUGUUCACCGAGGGUCUAGACCAAAGCGCAAUCAAUUGGAUCAAACAGGGAUCGGAGAUUGAACAACACCAUGCUCGAUCGCCAUUAACAGAAAAUUUUGAUCAUGAAUUCAUCGCACCCAGAUCUCCUUUGUCUUUCAAUAGCAGUACUUACAUGUCUCCCCAUGUUUUGCCUCCCCUGAAAUUCCAUUCUGGCUUGCUUGGACCUCAUAACACAGUCACUCUUAGUCUGGAUAGCAAUGAUGCAGACGAUGAUGAUGGUGAUGAUGAUGAAAGUGUGGCCUCGGUUCCAAAUGAUCCGGGUGGGCAUUACUCCGAGGAAGAGGGUUUGAGAUAUAGUGAUGUUGAAUCUCUGGAAAAGUCUGUUGAGAAGUCUUAUGACAAUGACAUGUUUGGUUCAAAAUUGAACAGAAAUUUGAAUCAAAGUACAGUUUCUGGAUUGGAGGGUGGACAAGGGUCUACUCUGAAUAAAGGGUUGUUGAUGGAGGAUCUUCGGAUUGAAGUGCCGGAAAAUUAUAGAAGAUUUACGGAUGGUGUAUUAGGUUUUGGAAUGCGUGGUGCACACCUAAACACUGAAUCAGGUGGAAGCUGUCGAUUGCAUGAAAGAGUUCAAUUACACAAUGCAUAUGGUACUCCCAUUAGUAAUGAUAUGCGAAAUGAUGUGACAGACUUGGGGACUCCUAGUGCACCUCCAAUUAUAGAUAUUGGAAGAGAAGGAAACAAAUCUGGAGCUGAAAAUGAACUAAGAGAAGAUUCUGAAGGUUUGACUGAAAUGGAGAGGAGUUUUGAUGCGAUACACUUGUCUAAAGAAUCAGAAGAUGGUUUUCAAGGUGAUAAAGAGGCAUGUUCUGAUUGGAGAGUACAAUCUCAAAAAAAUGAACAUGUUGAAAGGGAAAACAAAACAGUAGCUGGAGAAAAGGAAGCACCGGCCCCUUAUUGGCAAACAAAUUCAUUUGAUAAUUCACCCUAUUAUGACGCCAGUGGUCAAAAUGCAUGGCAAACUCUAAUUGCCUAUGAUGCAUGCAUUCGCCUUUGCCUAAAUGCCUGGGCAAGAGGCUGCACAGAGGCACCUGAAUUCCUACGCGAUGAGUGCCUGGUUCUCCGAAGUGCAUUUGGGCUACAUAAACUUUUAUUGCAACCUCGAGGUGUUCAAUCAAUGCAAAGGAAGGGUACUUCAAGUACAGAACAAGCAGGCUCUUUGAAAGUAAAGAAAGUAGUUGGAAAGAUUAGAGUGGAAGUGAGAAAGCUUCGCAUAAUACCGAGACGGAAACUUAAGAGCACAUACUCACUGAGAAGUGCGAUGUAUAUGCAAGUGGGAGCAGAAUAUGUCCGACAUGUUUCAUCACUUGUGAAAACCAGCAUCAAUUCUCUUAAAAUUGCCUCAUUGUCGGUGACAUCUGAAGAGCGGCUGUCAUGCCUAUUUCACCUGAAGAGUUCUACAGAAGAUACUCAAGAUGAACAAGGUUCUGCUAUUUGCUUGCGGCCUGGAACUGGCGAUUAUCAUGUGUUGUAAGUAUCUUAUUUAUGGAUGGUGGUUCUUCUGUUUCAAAGCACUGAUUUCUAAGUCAAAAAAAUUCUGUGAAUUCUUAUUCCUAAUAUUAUAAAGUGACUCUUUAUAGUCAAAAUAAAGUGAAUUGUAUUUUGAUUUGUUUUAUUAUUGUAAAAGCUCCUAAUUUAGUAGAAAAAAUUGUCUGAAUGAUGGACUAAAAGGAAGAUGGAAUCCACAUUGUAGUAGUAGAAACUAGUUGUGAGUACGAUCUUUUGUAUUCGGUUGUAUUUUAUGAAAGGAUUACAGGUUGGUCAGUGUCAUGCUUACCCACCAACCCAAAGAGUUAGAAGGCACUCAAGUUGAACCAUGUUGGCUAGUUGUUGUUAGCAGCUUGAAUUGUGGUGAUUUUGAUGGUCUUUGACAUUAAGAUGUAUACUAGGCAUACUCGUAUA